CCUUGUGUAUAAAUACCACUAAAAACCAUUACAAUAUCAAAGAGAAUAUAACCUGAAACCACCAUGUCUAAAGAGUGGUUUAAGAGGGCAUAUGUCUGUACCAAGCCUUUUAUGCUGAUGAUUUUCUUGCAAACUUCGUAUGCUGUAAACGGCUUAGUUGUCAAGUCUGCCCUAAACAAAGGCUUAAAUCAUUACACUUUUGCUGUUUACCGUAACGCGAUUGCUGCUCUCUUCUUUGGUCCUUUUGCGUUCUUCCUUGAAAGGAAAGUUAGGCCAAAGAUGACGAUUUCAAUCUUCCUGAAGAUCUUGUUAAUGGGAUUACUAGAGCCAGUGAUAGACCAGAACUUGUACUUUGCUGGAAUGAAACUUACAACUGCAACUUUCGCGGCAGCCAUGUGCAACAUUGUUCCAGCCAUUACCUUUGUUAUGGCUUGGAUUCUAAGACUUGAGAUGGUGAAGAUGAAGAGUAUACAUAGCCAAGGGAAGAUCAUAGGUACACUAGUGACGGUUGGAGGAGCCAUGAUAAUGACACUAAUAACAGGCCCUGCAUUUCAAUUUCCAUGGACAAAUCACCAUACUGUUCAUCAUCAAACUUCCGUUAACGUUGUCAAUACUCAAGACCAGAUUAAAGGAUCUGUCAUGAUCGCCUUGAGUUGUUUUUCUUUGGCAAGUUUUGUCAUUGUUCAAGCACUUACAUUGAAGUCCUACCCGGCUGAGCUCUCUCUCACUGCGCUCGUGUGUAUGAUUGGCACAUUGGAAGGCUCCGUACUUACUAUGGUGGCUGAGAGGGCCAAUGCCUCAAUAUGGUCGAUUAACUGGGACAUCAAACUAUUUGCGGCAAUUUACAGUGGAAUACUUUGCUCUGGAUGUGCAUAUUACAUUUCUGGAGUUGUAAUGCAGGAGAGAGGACCAGUUUUUGUAACCGCGUUCAAUCCUCUUGGGAUGGUUAUUACCGCCGUUUUGGGGUCUUUCAUUUUAUCCGAGAAAAUGAACUUGGGAAGUGUUCUUGGAGCGGUAGUUAUAGUCGUGGGCUUAUAUUUGGUUCUAUGGGGCAAGAGCAAGGAUCAAAAUCAACAAGAUCAAAAGGCAUCAAUAAAUCAACAACACUGUGAUGGCAAGACACUGAUGUUACAACACAAUGUCGUUGAAUCUGGAAAAGAUACCGGAGCGUCGAGUGGACAAGCCAGUGGCGACUUGCGUUUGUAGGGCGUGCAUUGAAGGUGACAAAGGGGAUCUUACGGAUGGCGGUCAAGCAAGUUUUGAAGAACCGAACACAACUUUAGAAGCUUCCGCGAUUUCAUAACUUUGUUAAACAAUGUUUUUAUUUCUUUUGAGUGUAAACAACUUGCUAAUCAUGUCAUGAAUGUUUUAACUAGUCGGUAGUUGA